GCAGGACACCUCCUCUUCCUCCAGCUGCAGCUCCUCCUCUUCCUCCUCCUGCUAAUCCCCCUUCCUGUCACUCACUCACUAUAUUAAUAAUAUUAAUAAUAUUAAUAAUUAUAAUCCUCUCAUCGUGUCACUCAUUCACUAAUAAUAACAAUAAUUAUUAUUAUCAUGUAAUAUAACAUUUUAUAAAAAUAACAAUAGUAAUAACAACAUGUUCCUUCUUCUCUCACUCACUGUAUUUGCAAAACUUCUCAAAAUAUAUUAACAAAUAUAAUAAUACAACUAUAACAAUAUGUACUGAAUACGUCUAUUUCAACACAGGGCAUCACAAACAGUAUAACUACUACAACAACAACAACAACAAUAAUAAUAAUAAUAAUAAUAUGUACCUUCUCCUCUAACUCGAUUUUAUUCUAAAAUAAAAUAAAAUUUUAAAUGUAAAUCUUUUCCUACAAUAUAAUAAGCGAAUCUUGAAUAAAGUUUGUGUCUCUUUAUCAACUAAAAUCAUUAUUUAAUCUCUGUUUUACUUUGGUGUUACUCCGCAGGUAACCAUAGCAACAACAGUGACGCUCCACAACAUGUCAUCAGUUGUGAAGUGAAACUCACCACAAACAUCAGAGGAAGUUUAAAUCAUGGAGGACAACUGGUCCGGAGGAGGUCGACAGCUCUGAGCUUCUUCAGGCCUCAGGAAACUCCGAGUGACGCUCGAGGUGUCGCAGAGACGAGCUCUUCAUCCUCGUCCAUGUGAGGACAUCAUCAUCGAGCUGCCUGGAGACCAACAACAUGUUUACGUCAGAGACACGCAGACGCUGCUUCGAGGCCGCGUGGCUCUGACACUGAUGUUGGUUCAAUCGAUGUGUGGUCUCAGGUUUCACAGCUUUUAGUUCAAUUACAGAGAGGAGCACACUUACGUGACUCACACAACAGCAGACGUACCGGAGUCGGGUGAACGCACAUUACAACAUCUUUUUCUCAGGUGAGACAGUGAUGUCACUGGUCCAAAACCAAUGGGAGUUUCUGGAUAAGGUUAAGUGGGAGUUUGCACAUCGGUCAGUCAGGGUCUGUUUGAGACAGAGAUGGAAACAAAGAUGGACGAUGUGUCUUUCUCCCACGACCCAGAGUCUGUGGAGUUGUGGAAGUCACCAAGAAAUAUGGAUCAUCUUCCGGCCUCUGUUUGUUGAUAAUGUAAAACCCAGUGUGUAAAUAAAGAUGGACGGCAGACAGCUCCUCAACAGGGAAACCAGAACAUCUUGAUCGCCCUCUGGUGGCCGGCUGUAGUAUUGGUCAUAAACCUGGCCUCCUCCAUGUUAGCAGAUGGGACAUAUUCAUAAAUAUAACAUCAGAGCACACACACAUUGAUGUGUUUAGUUAAGUUUGUUUUUACCCUUUAGCCCCUCACCAGUAGAGGAGCUGUAUUUCCCCCUUAACGACCCCGCAGACAGCACAUCACGUACGUUAACAUAAAGAUAUUACCUAUGUAUGUAAAGGAAGGAGGGAUAUUUAAAUAAAUAACAAACUUCCUUGUCUUAAGCAAGGAAGAUGGCAACAUGCAUAUCCAGUUAGCUUCCGGAUAUAGAUGCUAUUUUACCUUUAUUUAUGAACAACGUGAGGAAGUGGAGCUGUGUAGUCGAUCUUUAUUUAUUAUAUAUAUAUAUAAUAUAAUUCAUAAUAUUUAUAAGUCUGUGAGUUACACACAAACACGCCACUGCCAUCUAGCGGUUCACCCGAGGCUUUUAUUGUGAAAAAUGCAGCCGACCGGAAGUCCUGCCUGGCGGGUAAAAUCCAUCACCUCCGUGAUGGCGGCGGGUCGAGGGGAGUUUUUCCGGAGCCUGUGGACGGGUCUGCAGAGACAGUCUCCCCCAGAAGGACGACCACCACCGCCGGGUCGCGGCCGAGGGAGGCCCGGGCCGGAGAGAGCACCUGCGGGCAGCCGAGGCAGGAGGAGGCCGCCGAGGGCCGCGUCGAGCGGAGUCACCUGGAGCUUCCGAAGAGAAAGAGAAGAGAGAAACUGUCUCGAGAUGAAAGCUCCUCGGUCCAGAGAGUUCUACCUGGACACGCUGCCGCCGGAGAUCCUGCUGAAGGUCCUCUCGUUCCUGGACGCCUCCUCGCUGUUCUGCAUCAGUCACGUCUGCAAACUCUUCGACCAGCUCGCCAAUGAUGAUGGCCUGUGGAAGAAGAUUUACACCUCAGAGUUUGGGACUCAGACGUGGAGGCCAAAGUUGGCGCAUGAUGCAGUGAUGGAGGUGGAGGAGCGGCCGCUGGGACACUGGAAGAAGAUGUACUUCAGGACACUGGCUGGACAAGAGGUGAAUAAGUGGAAGAGAGAGCUGAGGGACAUCAGGCCGCACACGGGGCUGCCCCGGCAGACAGAGCUGGUCCUCAGGACCCUGAACGUGAGCUGGGAGCUGACGCUGUGCGACUGCUGGGGGGAGGAGGUCACGCUGCGGGAGAACCAAGUGCACUUCCUCCAGUCCUCGCUGAUCGUCCGCUGGAGCGAGGGCGUCUUCCCGUGCUACCAUCACAUCAGCAGCAUCCAGGUGCACGGCGUCAGGAAGGAGACGCAGAAGAUCCCCAGAGUCAGGCCCAGCUGGAGGUCUCUGAUUUUAAAGCUGGACAUGAAGACUGAGCCUCGUAGCUUCAUCGUCAGAGACAAACUCAUCAAGCUCGUACAUCUGUCGCCGGGCGUCAUCAUCGGCAGUUGGCGGGGUAAGAACACUGUGGCCUUCAUCAUGGUCAGUCUUCACUUCCACAAGCUGGUGGAGAAGAGUCUGCUGGGAUCUCCGGCCUGCCUGUACUCUGAACCCGUGGAGACCUCAGACCCUGCGUCGGACCCACAAGGCCACAGCAUUCACUUCGUCCUGCACAGCACCGGCGCCGUGAUCCUGUCGGAGCACUUCAGCCAAGUCCACUGUCGCACAGUUCGGUUGGAGCAUGAACUUCUGGAGAUGACGGUCAUCGACAGCACCGUCCUGCAACAGCACAAACUGCUGUCUGGAAACAUCAAGCUGCCGUGGAAGAGCGAGGAGCUGGAGGGUGCGGUGGAGAACUGCUGCAUCAUGACGCUGACGGUGCUGAACAGGUUCCUGACGCCGGUCUGGUGUGUCAGCACGCCCAUCUUCAUCAGGAUGGCGAAGAAGCCGCUGUCCGCCGUGUACUGCGGCGAGCACUUCCUGAUGCACCACAACGGCCCCGGCGGUAAGGUGAAGAUGAAGCUGGUGUGGGUGAAGGAGCAGAAGCAGUUUUUCCUCAUCAGCCUCAUCAUCUACAUUUAAUUUCCCAGAGUCAGUUCGUGUUGAUUCUCUCGUGGAGAAACUUUGAGUUUCUCUACUUUUUGUUCAUGUUUCACUGAAUCAGUGAAGACGUCCAGUUUGGACCUUUUUUCUCUAGAAGAAUUAAAACAGGUUUCAUUGUAAAUAAGAAGUUUCUGAUCAUCUGUAUUUUGUUUUUCGUACAUUUUCACUUAUGUUUCACUUUGAAUAAAAACCCAAAACAGAA